AUGUUCAACCGCAACAACUAUUCGUCUGUUCCUAGUCCCUUCGGAUCAAACAGUCCAUCUCGUGGCGACGCCUCUUACCCUCCUCGAGGACCACCACAGCAGCGGGGUGGUUAUGAUAGCGGCUAUGGACAAGACCCCCGAACUGGAGCUAUGAGCGGAGGUAGCAGCCAUGCGGGAUCCCCAAUGAGUCGGCCAGGCGAUAGAUCAAUGCCUCCUAGACCAUACGGAGAUAAGGGUGGCGAUGGACAGACAUGGUCUCUACGCCCUGCCAAAAGCCCGGAUAAUUCAUACACAUAUGGAAAUCUUGUUGCGGUUUCCCCCCGCGACAUCCCUCGUACCCGUGAUGGCACCGAUGUCCCAAUUCUUGUUAAUGGGCUAUAUGUCUUCUCCGCUCGUCCAAUGGAGGGUUUCCCCCAGGGUCAUAUCAGUAUGUCUGACCCACAAAGGACAUGGGCGCAAGUUGCCUUGACCGAUAUGGUUCAGGUACAAUUAUAUGAUGCAUUCAGUCAAGGAAACCAGGCAUACCUUGGAUCUAUGGAUAUUGAAGUCAGCUUUGCUGGAAGGAAGAGAACAGAAGUGCCAUAUGAUCAAGACCAGCUUGCUCAGACAUUUAUUAAGAACUUUGAGGAUCAGAUUCUAGCACCUGGACAGAAGGUACUCAUGGAUGAUAAGAGCAUUCCUCUGUUACUGACAGUGAAGACGGUCCAACUCGGAGACUUAACUACAGAGAAGACAUCUUCCUCUGCGCCCACCUCCACAGAUCCUCACUCUAGAGGCAUUCUAACAGGUUAUACCUUAAUCAACUUUUUCAAAGACGCAAAAACUGGCAUCAAUGUAAAAGCAUCCAACCGAAGGCCUGCAGCCAAUUCAAUCGUUCAGCCAGACUUCAAGUUUGAGAAUAUGGGAAUUGGCGGUUUGGAUACAGAGUUUAGCACCAUCUUCCGAAGAGCUUUUGCAUCCCGUAUCUUCCCGCCGGGGCUUGUUGAGAAACUCGGUAUCCAACACGUCAAGGGCAUUUUGCUGUACGGGCCUCCUGGGACAGGUAAAACGUUGAUUGCGAGGCAGAUUGGAAAAAUGUUGAAUGCUAGGGAACCUAAAGUUAUCAACGGACCGGAAGUUCUGAACAAGUUCGUCGGCCAAUCUGAAGAAAACAUUAGAAAACUCUUUGCCGAUGCAGAGAAGGAAUACAGGGAAAAGGGAGACGAGAGUGGACUACACAUUAUCAUCUUCGACGAAUUGGAUGCUGUCUGUAAACAGAGAGGUAGCGGUGCUGGUGGCGGAACUGGUGUUGGUGACAGCGUAGUCAACCAACUUCUCUCAAAGCUCGAUGGCGUUGACCAGCUGAACAACAUCCUGUUGAUAGGUAUGACCAACAGAAUGGAUAUGAUUGAUGACGCCCUACUCCGCCCCGGGCGACUGGAAGUCCAUAUGGAAAUAUCUCUACCGGAUGAACACGGCAGAGCCCAAAUCUUGAAAAUACAUACCCAGAAAAUGCGAGACAACGAUGUAAUGGACAAAGAUGUUGAUAUCAAGGAACUGGCAGCGCUUACUAAGAAUUUCUCAGGCGCCGAGAUCAGUGGUUUGGUGAAGUCAGCGUCUUCCUUUGCCUUCAAUCGCCACGUUAAAGUGGGAACAAUGGCUGGGAUAAGUGAUGACAUCGUCAACAUGAAGGUUAACCGAAUGGACUUCCAUAAUGCACUUGAGGAGGUAAAACCUGCCUUUGGUGUUUCUGAAGAAGAACUCGAGACCUGUCUUCAUGGAGGUAUUCACCAUUUCUCUCGCGCAGUGCAUGAAAUCCUGGAAGAAGGUAAGCUCUUCGUCAAACAAGUUCGUGAUCCGGAGUCAACGACAUCCCUUUUCUCGGUAUUGCUGCAUGGACCUCCAGGCAGUGGGAAGACUGCCCUCGCCGCUAAAAUUGCAAUUGACUCGGGAUUCCCCUUCGUUAAGCUUAUUAGCCCUGAAGAUAUGGUGGGUUAUAGUGAGAUGGCUAAGGUUCAACACAUGAACAAAGUGUUCACGGAUGCCUAUAAGAGUCCAACCAGCGUUGUUGUUAUGGACAACAUUGAGCGAAUUAUUGACUGGGUCCCUAUCGGACCCCGAUUCAGCAACUCAGUUCUCCAGGCAGUGAUGGUGCUCCUCAGGAAACAACCCCCUAACGGCCGCCGCCUGCUAGUUCUCGCGACAACGACAGAACGCUCAAUAUUGAAGCAACUUGAUGUGUUCACCUCGUUUAAUUCCGACAUCCCUGUACCAAAUAUCAACACUUACGAUGAAUUAGCAUACAUCUUGCAGCAGGAACAAACUCUUACUCCUGACGAAGUGAAAUCCGCCUUGUUGCGGAUCCGAGAGCUGACACAGAGCGAGAAGAUUGGGGUCGGCGUGAAGAAGGUACUACUUGGUGUUGGUACCGCGAAGCAAGACACCGAUAGAGCCAACCGGUUUGCGUCUGUUAUUGCUCGAGCAAUGGAUGAACAAAAUUAUGUAUAA